AAGGAAUAUAGCAAACAAUUAAAUAAAAAUAAUAAAACUUUCCAUUAUUAUAUUCCCUUGGUCUUCUGCCACUGCAAAAAAAAGUGAACAACCAUGUUGCAUUAUACAGCAAAAAUCCAUUAAAUUUUCACAACCCCCAUUCCAACUUUCCCAAUAUUUUUCUCACUCAUUACAACAAAGUUUCAACCUUUUGUGCAAAAAAUGAAACCAACCAACAAACCCUAAAAUCAAACCCUAAAAUCAAACCCUAAAAUCACCACUUUUAAACAUGGCAUCAUUCACAACUACCCAUUACUUCAAAACCUUAAUUGUCAUCAUUUUAUUCAUAAAAACCCAAUCUUUUGACCCAAUUCCAUUGUUCUCUUUUGCUGAUUUUGAGAAAGAUCUGAAAUUUAAGUCCAAUGUUGCACUUUUUGGUGAUGCAAAAGUUGUCAAUGGUGAGUCCAAGAUUCAAUUCUAUGGUUCAAGUACUGAAAUUGGGAGAGUAAUUUACAAGAAACCCAUCCAGCUUUUCCAAGGUAAACCUAAUCAAUUAGUUUCAUUUUCAACUUACUUUACAUUUUCAAUCCCAUUUGAAAAUGGGGGUGGUUUAGAUUUUGUUAUGAUUCCAAAACAUCGUGUUGAAAGUGUUAAAGGUGAUGUUUUUAAUCAAAGUUCAUCUGGGUUUUCUCUUGGGUUGAAAAAUGAAGAUUUUGAUGUUAUUAAUGUUGAGUUUGAUGCUUCAAGGGAUAGUAAUAAAAAUGAGAUUUUGAUUAGUUCUAAAGUUGGUAGUUCUGUUUUUGCUAAAAGAAGUAGCACCUACUUCACCAAUUUGGGACUAAAAAGUGAUGAAAAGUUGCAUGCUUGGAUUGAUUAUGAAGCAAGUUCAAGGAGAUUAGAAGUUAGAUUAAGUAAACAUGGAAAUUCAAAGCCAUCUGAUCCAUUGUUAUGGCACAAAAUCGACAUAACUAAUGUGUUAAAGGCAAAAGAAAUGUUUAUUGGUUUUAGUCCUUCAAAUGUGAAGGGGAAAAGUAACGUUUUUCUGUAUUCAUGGAGCUUUGUUAUGAGACGUUUUCCAACACAUUCAAUGCAUUCAGAUCCACUUGAUCCUAAGGUUUUUGUUAAAAACUCUGAAACUGCGACAACUAUUGAACAAAAGGAAAAGGCGAAAAAGAAUGAUUGUGUUUUAAGAAUUCUUGCUGCAAUGAUAUUUGGUACUGGAUGUGGAGCAUUAACAGCAUUCACUGUGCUUUAUUUGUGGACAAUAUUUGGCAAUAAACGUGCAGUGGUAGUUGUUCCUGAAGGAUGUGUUAUGCAACCUUUAGAUGUUGAGUAUAAGAAAGUGAAAAUUGUUGUAGAUAAUAAUAAAACCAUUGGAGAUGGUAAUAAGUAGGUAUUCUUGAUAUAAUUAUCAACUAUAUGGAAUUGGAUUCCAUGCAGUUACUGCGUGGAUUCGGUAAUUGAUUUGGACUGUUCGAUCUGAAAUGGACGGGCGAGAUUUAGUACCGUUUCAAAUUGCUGAGAUCUGCAUUGUGUGUUCAUAGCCAUUGGAUUGCAGAUUGGCAGUCGAGAUUUAUUACUGCGUUAAACUGUGUGACUUCAUCACUGCAGCAAAUCCGGAUCCGAACUAUAUCUGGUUGGCAACUUGUAUUUUGUAAAUUUAGUGUUUAGUAGGUUUUGCUAUGUUGUAUCAUGAUUUAUGGUAAAAGAACUAUCUAUUUGCUAUGUUGGCCAAAUUAAGGUUGAAAUUCAACUAUGCCUUAAAUACUUAUUACUUUUUAUAAAAGAUGCUCAAAUUGAAGUUA